AUGACCAAGGCUGAUGUGGAAUCUCGCGUCAAGGCGACGCUGGUAGAUGAGUUCAAUCAUUCGUGUGCCGAAUGCGACCGUCCCGAGAACAAGCCCGUGGUGGCGGCCAUUUUUGCCUGUCCCGUCGAUCACAAGCGACUGGCUGUGGUGUGCUGCAAAAAAUGCCACAAAGCCAUGUCCAAAAUGUCCGAUGACGAUGUUCAGUUCACAUUUCGAAGUUUGGUAUCAACCGAUGAGUGGACCGACAAAGAUGUGGAAGCACUGGAAAUUGGUGGCAAUGCCCUGGUCAAUGCCUGCUACGAAGCUACCGUCACCAACGAAAAGGACGGCAGAGAUCGCAAGAAGUAUGGAUACGAAGCAUUCCUGUUUGAAAAAUACGUCAACAUGUCCUUCUUUGAUGAAAUACUCUACAAACAAAUGAUGGCCAAAGCUAGCAAGGCACUCGUCGAAAAAAGAUUCAAUCAGAGCUUGAGAGGAUUCAACCUCAAAAAAAUGGAGGACUUGCAAAACUCAAUGACAAACAUGAGUGUCGAUCCCAGGGAACUACUGGAGCAAGAUCCCGCUGCCGAAGAAGGACGGGGAGAACCCAUGGAACGGACUCAUUCCUCCCGGUCAGUUCAGAGAGAACGCCGCAAUGUCGGAGCCAAUCGACGACGACUCUCCUCGCGCAAUCUGCUGGGCGACGCCGACAGUGAUGGCAAUAGUACUACUCCCACCCGGAGAAGAUUAUCCUCGCGCAAUUUACUAGCCGAUGACGAGAAAAAAGAGGAUUCCGCCAAACGCACCCAACUCUCCCGCAAUCGCAUGAAUUCCCUGCGCCGGGACUUGUCGGGAGGUGAUCAUGACAAUAACAAACAACGACCCAGCAAUGUGCGAGACAAAUCUUCCAGAGAUGGAGGAGGCAUGCGGCGGGCAUUGUCCCAAAAGCGCUUGUCUGCUGGUGGAUCCAAUCAUUCUCGCUCAGAUGGAAUGCGGCGCGCUUCUUCCAGCAAUCGAUUGAAUGUUGAACGCAACAACAGCAGUGGCAGCAUGAAACGAACCUCGUCGCGCAACAGUCUCCACAGUAGUUUUGUGGUGCAUGGUGAUAAUAAUCAUGAUGAUGGUGAACAACCCAGGAUGCGACGAGCAUCCUCCAGGAACAAACUAAUGAAUGCGGACGAUGAGGAUCGUCGACGAAGUGGAGGACGUCAUCGCUCGUCCAAGAGGAGCCUGCUGGCUUAG